AACUCUAUUCUUCAACCAUUCUUUAUUUAUGUUUCAAGGAAAUAAAUUGAGCUCGGCGUUUAUUUAACAGGAUAUCAUCAAAUAACUUCGACAUCACACAAAAGGGGGUGUGAAUAUACACAGAGAAUGGAUAAUCUUGAUUUGUAUGAAAUUCUGGGUGUAACUAAAGACUCAUCAGAUGCCGAAAUAAAAAAGAACUACCGCAAACUAGCUAAGGAAUUCCAUCCAGAUAAAAACCCUGAUGCUGGCGACAAAUUCAAGGAAAUAUCUUUUGCCUACGAGGUAUUAUCAGAUCCAGAGAAACGAAAAAUAUACGACCGCUAUGGAAUCAAGGGUUUGCAGGAGGGCGCGGAUGGCUUCGCCGAUGGAAAUGCGUUCUUUUCACAAUGGUUUCCCUUUACGGCUAUGGGUGGACAUGGCCGUGAGGCAAGGGGGAAGGCCGCCCAAAUCUCCAUUCGUCUUGAAGUUACUUUGGAAGAAAUGUACAAUGGCAAUGUGGCCAAGACAGUUGAAUACAAAGGACAUCAUUUUGCUCGCAGUGCAAUGGCGAAGGCGGUCCCAAGGAGUGCCAAGAAAUGUGCAGUCACUGCAAUGGUCGGGGCAGAAACUGAGAGCUAUCUUUUUCUCGGUGUUACGACAGGCGAAACGAUCUGCACGGCUUGCCAUGGACAUGGAAAAAUUAUACCAGAGGCUAUGCGCUGCACCAGCUGCUUUGGAAAAGGUCUAGUUGAGGAGAAUGUGAAACGGGAAAUUGUUAUUGAAAAGGGUGCCCCUAAUAUGUUAAAAAUACCAUUUGUGAGCGAAGGAAAUCAAGGGGUGCAAGGAUCGCGAGGCGACAUGGUUGUAGUACUUAUUCAAGCGGAGCAUCCUGUAUUCGAGCGGCGUCAAAACGAUCUUCUUAUGCGUAAUGUCAACAUCAACAUAACGCAGGCCCUUUGUGGUUUUGUCCACUGCUUCAAGCAUCUGGAUGGUCGUAACAUUUGUAUUUCCACGAAACCAGGCGAGGUUCUACGUCAUGGCGAACUGAAAGUUGUACCGACUGAGGGUAUGCCAUUGCGUAAUAAUCCCUUUGAUCGUGGCGACCUCAUGGUACAGUUUCUAUACAAUUUCCCGAAAACGAUUUUGCCACACCAGAAACAAUUGGCCAAGCUUGAGACGCUACUGCCUCCCAGAGAACCUUUUACAAUGCCGCCAGAAGCCGAAGAAGUGCAACUUGUUGAAUUCCAGCCCCGCGAAGAUUACGAAGGCCGGGGAGCUUACGGCGGCAUGGACGAUGAUGACGAAUACGAGGGCGGUCCACACUUCGAAAGGGUCCAAUGUCAAACCGGCUAAAAAAUACAACAACAGAAACAAUUGCGGCGCAUAUGUACAGUCAAAUUGUAUAAUGUGUUGUUAUACAUCAGUUAGCUAUACAAAAAUUUAUUGUUAAUUUGGUUUAUGGACAAAAGAAAACAAUUCUAAUCUAAUUGGUGUAACUGUCAUUGAACGCAACUAUUGUAUUGUAACAAAAAAACAACAAGAAACGCUUCGAAAGCUUUCAAAGCUUUUCUCAUUAUCAUUUUGUACUCAGAGAUGAGCUCUCGCUUCCUUAAAUAACCUACUAAUCCAUCUAUACCUAUAUUUAUUUAAUUACAACUCAUUACUAAAACAAAACCAAAAACCACUUAUACUGGUUGCACCGAAGUUUCUAAUACGUUUUACGAACUAAUUUAUUUUGUUUUUAGUUUUAACACAUGUAAUUAAAAUGGACACAACUAUA